GGAUAUCUGGUCUCUGGGCUGUGUCCUCUAUGAAAUCUGCACCCUGAGGCAUCCCUUUGAGGGCAGCAGUCUCCGUCAGCUGGUCAGUAAGAUCUGCAGGGGGCGCUACAGCCCAGCGCCGAGCCGCUACUCCUACGACCUGCGCCUCCUGGUCACACAGCUCUUUAAGGUCAGACUCUCCUCAUUUACUCCUCUCUUCAAGGUCAGACUCCUCAUUUACUCCUCUCUUCAAGGUCAGACUCCUCAUUUACUCCUCUCUUCAAGGUCAGACUCUCCUCAUUUACUCCUCUCUUCAAGGUCAGACUCUCCUCAUUUACUCCUCUCUUCAAGGUCAGACUCCUCAUUUACUCCUCUCUUCAAGGUCAGACUCUCCUCAUUUACUCCUCUCUUCAAGGUCAGACUCCUCAUUUACUCCUCCUCUCUUUAAGGUCAGACUCUCCUCAUUUACUCCUCCUCUCUUUAAGGUCAGACUCUCAUCAUUUACUCCUCCUCUCUUUAAGGUCAGACUCUCAUCAUUUACUCCUCCUCUCUUUAAGGUCAGACUCUCCUCAUUUACUCCUCCUUUCUUUAAGGUCAGACUCUCAUCAUUUACUCCUCCUUUCUUUAAGGUCAGACUCUCAUCAUUUACUCCUCCUCUCUUUAAGGUCAGACUCCUCAUUUACUCCUCCUCUCUUUAAGGUCAGACUCUCCUCAUUUACUCCUCCUCUCUUUAAGGUCAGACUCUCAUCAUUUACUCCUCCUCUCUUUAAGGUCAGACUCCUCAUUUACUCCUCCUCUCUUUAAGGUCAGACUCUCCUCAUUUACUCCUCCUCUCUUUAAGGUCAGACUCCUCAUUUACUCCUCCUCUCUUUAAGGUCAGACUCUCCUCAUUUACUCCUCCUCUCUUUAAGGUCAGACUCUCCUCAUUUUACUCCUCCUCUCUUUAAGGUCAGACUCCUCAUUUACUCCUCCUUUCUUUAAGGUCAGACUCUCAUCAUUUACUCCUCCUUUCUUUAAGGUCAGACUCUCAUCAUUUACUCCUCCUUUCUUUAAGGUCAGACUCUCCUCAUUUACUCCUCCUCUCUUUAAGGUCAGACUCCUCAUUUACUCCUCCUCUCUUUAAGGUCAGACUCUCCUCAUUUACUCCUCCUCUCUUUAAGG